UCUGCCUCAAAUCAGGAAUGAGACGUCGCGAGGGCAUGCAAUACUCAAAAUAGAUGUUUGGAACGUUUAGUCGUGAAUGAGAUGAACGCCGGUGAUGGCUGCCAUCCAUACUUGGAGGUGCACUGGCAUCAAAGCAUCGUUGCCCAUUAUAUGAUCGGAUGGUCUAUAAAAACGCGGGUCUCAUCCAAGUACAGAGAUCUUUUUACCAUUCCGCUCUCAACCUCACUUUCAUUGCUCUUUCUCUCUUAACUUCAAUUCUUUGGCUGGUCCAUUUUGUUAUUUGUCCUAUUAAAUAUCCAAGUUUUUACAAUCAGACAUAACGAAUCUUUCACUCAUCCCACCACCAAAAUGAAGUUCUUCUCCAUCCUUCUCCUCGUGGCCUCUGUCAGCGCCAUGGCCAUUGAGCCUCGCCAUCACGCGGGUAGAAAGACUGGACAGGCCGCUGCGGCUACCGGUAAUGGAAACAAUGCGAAUGCCAAUGCCAACGCCAAUGCCAAUGCGGCUACUGGCACUGGAGCCGCUGCCGCUGCGAACAACGCCAAUGCCAACACCAAUGCGGCUGCCGCGGCUGAUCCGGCUUGCCUCGCUGCUCGCCACCACGCCGGCAGAAAGCAGGGCGCCGCCAAUGCCGGAGCCAACGCUGCCAAUGCCAAUGCUGCCGCCACGGGUGCGACUGCUGCUGCCUGUGCCAAUUAAGUGCGGCUAUUCAACAACGGCAUUGGCUUGAUACCCGGAAUUUAUUUUGGGGACUCUGAGUACGUCGUAGACGAGAGUCAAUUCAUGCACGCUUGCUUGUUUUUUUUUUUUUAAAGCGCAUAUGCAUUGGCAUGUAUGGUCUACGGCAUAGCGGAGAAGUCGGUCUUGAGAGUUGCAUUUUGAAGAAGCUUCAAGGACAAUUUCAAGGGGCCUCAUUCUAUCGAGAUAUGGAUACCGGUCGCUUCGAACAUCACCCAUAGUUGUAAUAAGAUAGGAAGGGAAAUAAUAAAUGAGUGAU